AUGGCUAACUAUGAGAGAGAUUUGUCAUGCGACCCGGCUGACGCCCGGCGCUCGCAGGUACCCGGGCCUGCGAGUGAUAAAUUGGUUACCGAUGGACGCGCAGGAGUAGGCGACCAGGCCCCUGUUGCUGAUAAUAUUACUGGAAGCAGUUAUUUUGAAAAUAUUGACGGAGGACCGCGUGGGUCGUCUUCCGUUAGAAAACGCUCACGCGACAAUGCUCCAGUGGGAGAUGGGUCGGUGGAUCUGUCCUCAGAUGAGGAAGGCUUGCUGCCCCCCAAGAAAUUACCGACCACGAGGAGAGGUCGGCAGGCUUCGAGAGGAGUGAGUGCUUCACGGCCGCGGAGGAACGCACAGGGUAGGUUCGUGUGCUCCAAUACUCCGGCUGCCAGCAAAGCAGAUAGUGACAUGGGGGUCACUACCGAGGACCCUGGUGGCGAGAGCUGUGCCUCGCUAGGGAGCUCAAAGGCGGAGAUCAACGCCGCCCGAAGAGAGCAGCGCAAAGCUGUCGCGGCCGACGAAGUGUCGGAAAUGGCCCGACGCGCACGCGAGCGACGCGCUACUCUAGCGGCGGAAGGGGGGGAACCAUCUGCGGUGGCCCUAAGUCAGCUUGCCUUGGACGGGGUGGACUUAGUCCUGAAGGUUGCCACCAAAUCCGGCAGCCUGAAGGGCACGUUUACCCGCGGUCUGAAAGAAGCUGCCGCGGACAUUAAGGAGGCGAUUGGCAUCCUCCUCAACAGGACGGCCUCUGACGAGGUUGCGAAGUUGCAGGAGGAAAACAGCCGUCUCCGAAAUGAUAUGGAGGACCUCCGGCGACGAGUCACUGCGUUGAGCGAGCAGCAGCAGCGGCGUACGUCCACUGAUGCCGCAUCGGUAGUGACCCCGGCUCCCGCACCGAGACCGACAAGCACUCAUACCGACGACGAGGUCGAGCGCAUUGUCCGGCUCUGUAUGCUCCAGUGCGGGAGCAUGGUCAAUGCUCGUAUGGAGGCAAUUUCUCGGCGCCUCCCUGCGGAAAUCCUCCGUCCGCCACUAGCGGCCGAUACACGGCGGAGGGCUGAGGAGCCGCCGAGACCUAAGCCUAGGGAGGGGAAGCCCGCGGAGGGUGUCAAAAAGCCCGUCGAGGGAGCCCCAUCGAGCGAUCAGCCCACGACUGCUGGGUCUAAGGGUGAGACCUGGGUUACAGUCGUGGGCCGCAAGAAGGCACGCAGGGUCGCCAAGGCGGCCUCAGCAGCAACGCAUGCGCCCGGCCAAACCGCAAAGGCGGUUGCGCAGCCUGCGCGGCGGGCUGCCAAAGGCGGUCGCAAAGGACCGGAGAUACGUGCUCCGCGUUCCGAAGCUGUGACGCUCACGCUACAGCCCGGAGCUGCGGAGCGCGGCGUAACGUACCAGUCGGUCAUCGCCGAAGCAAAGGCCAAGAUCAAAUUAUCAGAUCUUGGUCUUCAGGCCGUCACCCACAGGCAGGCUGCCACGGGUGCACGGUUGUUCGAGGUGGCUGGUACUACGAGUGGCAGUGCCGAAAAGGCGGACGCUCUGGCCGCCAAGAUGAGGGAGGUCCUCAGCCCCGAGGACGUCCGGGUCUCCAGGCCAAUGAAAACCGCAGAGGUGCGGAUUGCUGGACUGGAUGACUCCGUGACCUCUGAGGAGGUGGUAGCGGCCGUUGCCCGAAGUGGAGAGUGUCCAUCGGACAAGGUGCGGGCCGGCGAUAUACGCACCGAUGCCACCGGACUCGGCGUGGUCUGGGUUCGGUGCCCUGUAGCGUCGGCGAAAAAGAUCGCCUUAAGCGGCAGAUUGCUGGUUGGCUGGGUUGCAGCGAGGGUGAAACUUCUACAGCCCCGGGCUUUGCGGUGUUUCCGGUGCCUGGAUAAGGGGCACGUCCGGGCAAAGUGCACCGCUGAAGUUGACCGCAGUGACCUUUGUUAUCGCUGCGGUCAGCCCGGCCACAAGGCGGCUCAGUGUUCCGCGGCGCUCAACUGCAGCUUGUGUUCAGCUGCAGGGAAGCCAGCGGGACACAGGCUGGGUGGAGGAGCCUGUGGCGCACCAGCCAGCAAGGCCAAGAAGAAGAAGAGGAACUCAAAACCUGCCGGGGAAACCUCGCCACCCCCGCAGGCUAGUAGCUCCGUAGCCGACUCCCGGCCCAGGACCGUUGCCGAGGGAAUGGAAUGUCAAUAA